UAAAUACAAAUAAAUCGAAAAAUGUUGCCAUCGCCAUAUUACGCGAAUCUAGCACACGACGAUCUGCAAGUUUUACGCGCGGAAUAUCUGAACGCACCCGCGAAUCUUAAUUUUGCAGAUAAUGUUGCCGCCGCUUACUUCUAUCAAGGCAUUAAUCCUUUUUUACGGAUUAAUAACAGAUUUUGGUCGCUACCAUUAUCAUUUCUACAGAACAAUCAUCGUCCAGAAAAACCUCCAUUUUCGUACAUAGCCUUAAUUGCAAUGGCUAUUAGCUCGGCACCGAAUCAACGACUAACCUUAAGCGGGAUCUACAAAUUCAUCAUGGAAAAAUUUCCAUACUAUCGGGAGAACAAGCAAGGUUGGCAAAAUUCUAUACGCCACAAUUUAUCGCUGAACGAUUGUUUCGUCAAAGUUCCACGCGACAAAAAUACCAUCGACGACAACGACAGCAUCGGUAAAGGCAGCUACUGGAUGCUGGACUCCUCGGCCAAUGACAUGUUCGAGCAAGGCAAUUAUCGGCGAAGAAGAACGCGUCGCCAAAGACACUGCCUAAAGGCCAAUGAACUGCUAGGAGAGAACAUAAAGCAUACGCCAGCAAGCAACUUCUACGAAAUUAAUGACAAUUCACCCACUCGCAGCGCACACAGCGAAGUCGAUGUGACUACACUUAACUACUCGGAUCGUAUAACAGAAAUUCAUCGACAAUAUUUGGCAACAAUUGCGCCAUUCAACAUACUCUUCCGCAACAGUGCCACGAACUUAAACCAAUACACGACAGCAACAGCAGAUGCUGCCUUGAAGCAAAUCAACACUCCAUUGCAGCACCAUACUAAUUCGAAUGAAGCUGUUGGCGUGGUAAGAGAUUACGACGCCUUUGAUGUAACUGGUGGAACGUUCUCAAAUAGCAACAGUUCAAUUGACAGUACAAGGCUUAUAAAUCUAAAUUCUCCUAGUGCAUUUACAGUCCCUAGCUGCACUUCGAGCGCUACAACAAUGGAUGCAACAAUAACGCAAGCACAUUCACCAGGAAACUGUGGCGGUAGUCCUAAGACCCCAACUUUAUUUACUAUUGAAAAUAUUAUUAAGAAAGACUGAAGACAUUUAUGUAUACUUUCUACAGAGUUAAGAACGAAGGAUUAA